GGGUCCGGAUGCAGCCGUUCCUCCGGAGUCCAAAUACCCUCCCCUCUAUCUAGCGGUUUGGACUCCCGACAAAUCAGGGAUCUGAGAUUCUGAUAACUGAUUCCGGGCGGGCCCUACCUAAAUUUUCAUUCCCCAAAUUUAGUCAACGCCGGAAUCACUGGGGAAAGAAUCUGAUUCCGUUUCUUCUGCUCGCAUUCCCGCUUUGGUCCAUCGGUUGAAAAACCCUAAACCCCCUCAAACCACGCCCAGAGGGAACUCACCACUCCAAGGUAUGACGAGCUCUGAACCUGCGAGUCCAGAGAUUGAGCAACAAGCCAAUUCUGCCCCAAGGAGGCCUCGGAUUCUACUUGCUGCUAGCGGAAGUGUAGCUGCCAUAAAGUUUGGCAACCUAUGCCAUAGUUUUUCGGAAUGGGCAGAAGUAAAAGCAGUUGCCACAAGAGCAUCUUUGCAUUUCAUUGAUAGAGCAUCACUUCCCAAGGAUGUAAUCCUGUACACCGAAGAGGAUGAAUGGUCCACCUGGAACAAAGUUGGUGAUAGUGUGCUUCACAUUGAGCUCCGCAGUUGGGCUGAUAUCUUGGUUAUCGCCCCAUUGUCAGCAAACACACUAGGCAAGAUUGCUGGGGGAUUGUGUGACAAUCUACUGACCUGCAUUGUACGAGCAUGGGACUACAGCAAGCCUUUCUUCGUUGCACCAGCCAUGAACACUUUGAUGUGGAAGAAUCCCUUCACGGAGCAACAUAUCAUGUCGAUUGAUGAACUUGGAGUUUCACUCAUCCCACCUGUGACGAAGAGGCUGGCUUGUGGAGAUUACGGGAAUGGAGCAAUGGCAGAACCUUCUGUGAUUUAUUCCACUGUAAGGCUCUUUUUCGAGUCACGAGUUCAACAGAGUGGUAAUAUCGUUCAGCAACCGGUAUAAUCGUAAAGCUGCCAUGUUGAGAUUCGACAACAGAAUUUGACUUGAGGCCCGAUGACAUAAUCUGGUUUGGCAUCCAUAACAUGCUAGAAUUGUCGUUGCGGGCUCUUUGAUCUUGUCUUAGGUGCAUUUUGUGAUUUGGUUUGUGAACCAGGCUAAUUAUACAUCUAGAAUUUAUAGGAGUUGAAUUGGAUUCGGCUUUUCACUUUCUGAUUCGGCUCAUCAUUUGGUUCUAAUCUCAGAAGAAGUUAUCCAUGUCCCAAUGCAGUUGGUUCUGGAUUGUGAUUUAUGCUUGAAUAAUGUCCCUUUGAGUCUUAUAUUAUCCGCAGUUGGCUCUAGUGAGUGAUUCAGACAUGAGAUUGAUCUUAUCUGAAGGUACUGUUUGUCCGCGUAAGUGACUGUUAGUCGUUGAUGAGUGUGGAUUCCAUAGUUGGACAACAUCUGUCGUAUACAUUUAUUGACUGCUAACAAAAACACUUAAUUGUUUCGGAUUGCUUUUGAAAGUGCCAAAAGCGCUUUAUGAACAAUCAAAAGCUCUUUUAAUA